GAGUCCACACCCACAUCCGCCUCCUCCUCCUCCCCUGCUCUGGUGAUCUGCGCUGCUCCGGUGGUCUUCGCCGCCACGUGUCUUAUACACGCCUGGAGCGGAACUCAUGAGCGGGGGCACCGCAGUUAGUGCCAGCCUGCGGACAGCCCUGUCGUACUGCGUCCAGCAGGUCCGGAGCUAUGACUACCACAACUACCUCUGCCUGCUCCACCUGCCGCCCGCGAUGCGCAAGGCCGCGUUCACCUUCCGGGCCUUCAACGUCGAGACGGCCAAGGCCAUGGACGUCGUCUCCGACCCCCGCAAGGGCCUCAUGCGCCUCCUCUGGUGGAAGGAUGUGGUCGACAAGGUCUACGCCAACAAGACGGUCGAGCACCCUGUCGCCCUCGCGCUCUCCUCGCUCCUCUCCGAGCAGAAGGUCAGCAAGCACUGGCUCAAGCGGUCGCUGGAGGCAAGGAUAAACGACGGGAACCGGGACGACGACGCCAUUCCUGAGAACAUCCCGGAGCUGGAGAGGUACGCGGAGGACACCCAGUCGACCAUCCUGUACAUGACGCUGCAGGCUGGUGGGAUACAGUCCACUAUUGCUGAUCAUGCCGCCUCGCACAUCGGUAAGGCCAGUGGGCUGCUGCUGCUGCUCAAGGCGCUGCCUCACCAUGUGAGCAAGCAAGGGAAGAUACCGUACAUCCCGGCCAGUGUGGCCGAGGAGUGCGGGCUGCUUGCACGGGAGGGUGGCCGGACAGAGGUCAGGAUGGGCGAUGCGCUCCCGGAUGCAGUUUUCAAGGUUGCGUCUGUUGCCGAAGCUCACCUGCAGAAGGCACGGGAGCUGGCAGCGUCUGUGCCAGCAGAGGCGGUUCCCGUGCUCCUUCCAGCCGUGCCGGCCCAGGUCCUUCUGGACUCCCUGAGGCGCCGAGAAUUCAACGUCUUCGACUCGCGCUUGUCUAGUGGAGUCCAUGGCAUAUCCCCUCUGUGGUACCAGCUAAAGCUAAACUGGCAUGCGUGGCGAAACAAGUACUGAAUUCAUCCAUACUGUGCGAACCGUGUUUGUUGAAAGCGCAGGUCAGCGUGCGUUUUAGCUCAGACUGAACCCAGGGUAUCCAUUUACUGGAAUGUAAUAAGCUUGAUAAUGAAGAAAGGCUCUGCUGCCUGCUCCAACUGGCUGUUUCUGAGCAAUUUUGAUAAUUGAUAUAGCUUCCUUUUUCAUUGGAUA